AUGGUCCGCCAUUCUCUCGAAUACUCCAAAGAGGAGCACAACACCGUGAACAGAUAUAAACACCAAGGUAUCCAUCUAACCCAGUUCCCCUUCCAAUGUGAACCUCAACCCCUAACCCUCCAUCCAGCCAACUACUCCCUCGAAACCAUCCACACCAUCAUCAACACAACCCCCGUACUCCAUGUAUCCUUCUCCCCCUCCCCCAGCGACCCCUUCCCCGUAAUCCUCCCCCUAAUCGGCCAAAUGGGUUCAUUCUCCCACCCUUCUGCAUCCCUCGCCGAGCCCCUAGACCUCUACCUCCACGGCUACGUCUCAUCCCGCAUUAUGAAUCUCACUUCCUCCACCUCCACCUCCUCCUCAUCCCCUCCUAAAGGUCUCCCAGUCUGUAUCUGCGCCUCGAAAGUCGACGGCCUAGUCCUAAGUCUCACGCCCUACUCGCACAAUUACAACUACCGCUCCGCAGUCCUAUUCGGACACGCGACAUUGGUUGAGGAUGCGGAUGAGAAAAUGUGGGCGAUGGAGUUGAUUACGAAUUCCGUGGUGCCGGAUCGUUGGAGACAAACAAGGGUUCCGCCUAUACCAUCAGAAAUGCAAAGCACGCGCAUCCUAAAAGUGACAAUCGCCAGCGGCAGCGCCAAGAUCCGGGAAGGCGUCCCCGAGGACUCGGCUGCUGAUAUGCAAAAUAUAGACAAUAUCUGGACGGGCGUGUUGCCGCUUUAUGAACAGUAUGGCGAGCCGGUUCCCGGGCCGUAUAAUAAGGUCGAGGAGGUGCCAGAACAUGUGAAGGGGUAUGGGGAGGAGACUAGUAGGGGGAACAGGGAGUAUGCUGUUGAGGCGGCGCGGAAGGGCGCGCCUGUUAAGAUUAAACAGAGGAAUGAGGAUGAGGAGUAG